UUAAAUCAUGUGACUAGGCUAAGCCACUUCAGUAAGUCAUGGUAUGAUUACUCACUACAUUAGAUACGAAGAAAUAGCCCACAACAAAUCCAAAUUUCUCAUAAUAACCAUGAUUAGCGCUUUUAAAAAUUGCCGAACGGUAAUGGUGACAGGAGCCAGCCGAGGCCUCGGUCUGCGAGUAGUGGAAAGUCUGGUGACAGGGAGCUCUGAUCCGGACAAGAUUAUUAUUGCCACGGCCAGAAACCCUAGCGGGGCCCAGGAACUGCAGAAACUAGCUGAAAGACAUCCAAAUAUCCAUAUAAUAACACUUGAUGUUGUCAGUCAGGAGAGCAUAGAGAAAGCUGCACAAGACGUUGACCUGCUUGUUCAGGAGCUGGGCCUCAAUUGUCUAAUCAACAAUGCUGGAAUCAAUGUUGUCGCCAAUUUUGAGACAGUCACGGCUGAGAAGAUGUUGGAGAACUUCCACACCAACUCUGUGGCCCCACUUAUGAUCACUAAGGCUCUCCUACCCCUGCUGAAGAGGGCAGCUGCCAAAGGCACGGGGAUGGGCAUCCAUAGAGCUGCGGUCAUCAACAUGACUUCCUUGUUAGGGUCAGUCGAGCUCAACUGGGGUGACCGGGCCAAGAACUUCAAAUGGUAUCCUUACAGAACCUCCAAGAGUGCUCUGAACAUGGUGACACGAUGCAUGGCAGUGGAUCUGGAGGCUGAUGGCAUCCUGUGCAUGGGCCUCCACCCUGGCUGGGUACGCACUGACAUGGGAGGACCAGAAGCACCUUUGAGUCCAGAGGAGAGCAUAUCUUCUGUGUUGUCAGUAAUUGGUGGAUUGACUGAAAAGGAUCAUGGGUCAUUUCUACACUACACCGGGGAGCCACUACCCUGGUGAUUGGAAUAUCACCAUGGAUGAUUUUAUAAGUUGUUGGUUUGCACAUGUUUAUGCUUUGACUAUGCAAAGUUGAAUAUACUACCUAGAUAGCAGUUUUGCAUGAAAAAAUGCAUCAUGUAAUGUUCUAUAUGACAUUAAGUUGUAUUUGCUGUAACACUGACACUGUAUGCUUAGCCUAUGUUAUUAAAACGAGGCAAGUUAAUUGUUCUGUAGGCCUAUGUGCAACAGGUUGAAGUGGCGAGGAAGCAAAUAGUGGACAGUCUUUUGUUUGUCUUUGAAGGAAGUUGUUCUUUCAGCUUAGGAUAAGUAUCUUCCCAGACGUCUUUGUAAACCUCUAAGAGGAUAUUAAAAUAUAUUGUUUAAUUUCCGAGCUGUGGGUGUUCUGGCACUUCCUUAAGUUAUUAUGAAAAAAUAUCACACCGUUAAGUCUGAAAGGAUGAUGAAUGUUACUGCUCUCUUUUCCAAUGAAACUUUUGGUGUUAACAAUAGUAAUGAAGAGUAUUUAUUUGUGUCUUUAGAAAAUAUAGUAACAUGCAGUAUCCUGGAAAAUAAAAUGUAUCCUCUGUUAUGUCCCCUA